UUCAUUCUCCCGCCGAUCAGCUCCACAAAACGGAGUCUCUUGUAUAAGCCAGCAGCAGCCAACCUGCCAGCAGUCACUCAUCUGCCAGUGCCAGGCUGCAAAAUCCCACCUCAUCCACCCAGCUCCUCACUCCCUGCACAAGGAAGCACUUUGCUCUUUUUAUUGCUUUUUGUGUGUUUUAUUUUUUUUUUACUAUAUUUUAUAUUUAUUUGCAUUUUUUGGAUUUUUUUCCCCCCCUCAUCCUCUGGAUCUUGAUUUUGUAAAUAAAUAAAAGAGACAGAGAUCUAUAGGGAGCUGUCAGGAGGAGUUACUGAAGAGAGAGCAGAGAGAGGGAGACGGGGCUGGAAGAUCUGCUGCUCAAGUUGAAUCUUCAUCACUCUCAUCAUCCUCUUCCUCCUCCUCUCCUGCCACCAUCCCUCAUUCAGCACCUUGACAUGCUCUGCCUCUGAUUGACAUCUCAAGUGGCUGAGAGCCAUGAGAAUCCCCAGCCUUGGUACAUGUGGCUCUGCUCAGGGCCGACACUAGAGAAAUCACUGGGAAGAUUUCACCAUAAAUUGCAAGAAGAAAAUAAAACAAGAAAAACAAAACAAAAAUAAGGAGCGAUUUUCCUCUUCUAGCUCGGCGCCUCUGUGUUCAGCAUGAGUGUAUGACUGGCAUCCCGGUGGAAGAAGCUUUCCUGGAGAGCACUACAAUUUUGGUUAUUUCACUUUUGCCCCCUUUCCCCCCUUCCAUCAGCCCAGGACAAGGACAGCCUGUGAUUCUGGCAGGAGGGCUGAGGACAGGCUCACUAUAGGGCGCACUGAGGAGUUUAUUGAUGGCGCAAAGGUACGAUGAGUUACCGCACUAUGCCAUGGAUGGAGUGGGGGUGCCAACCUCUAUGUAUGGUGAUCCCCAUGCCCCCCGACCUAUGCCACAGGUACACCACUUAAACCAUGGACCCCCUUUACAUGCCAGCCAGCACUAUGGAACUCAUGCCCCUCAUCCAAAUGUUAUGCCCACCAGCAUGGGAUCUGCUGUCAACGAUGCCCUCAAACGGGACAAAGAUGCCAUUUAUGGACACCCCCUCUUCCCUCUUCUAGCCCUGGUCUUUGAGAAGUGUGAACUGGCGACGUGUACCCCCCGGGAGCCCGGAGUGGCAGGAGGGGACGUGUGCUCCUCCGAUUCCUUUAAUGAAGACAUCGCUGUAUUUGCAAAACAGGUUCGUGCAGAGAAGCCACUGUUCUCCUCCAACCCCGAGCUGGACAAUCUGAUGAUCCAGGCGAUCCAGGUCCUGCGGUUUCAUCUCCUGGAGUUAGAAAAGGUCCAUGAAUUGUGUGAUAAUUUCUGCCAUCGAUACAUCAGCUGUUUGAAAGGAAAAAUGCCCAUAGAUUUAGUGAUUGAUGAGAGGGAUGGAAGCUCCAAGUCUGACCAUGAAGAACUCUCUGGAUCCUCCACAAACCUUGCAGACCAUAAUCCUGCCUCAUGGAGAGAUCACGAUGACGCAGUAUCUACGCAUUCAGCGGGCACACCGGGUCCUUCCAGUGGUGGGCACGCGUCACAAAGUGGGGACAACAGCAGUGAACAAGGGGAUGUUUUAGAUAACAGUGUUGCAUCUCCCGGCACAGGGGACGAUGAUGACCCAGACAAGGACAAAAAGAGACAAAAGAAAAGAGGAAUAUUCCCUAAAGUAGCAACGAAUAUUAUGAGGGCGUGGCUUUUCCAGCAUCUCACGCAUCCAUACCCUUCAGAAGAACAGAAGAAACAGUUAGCACAAGACACAGGGCUGACUAUAUUGCAAGUAAAUAACUGGUUUAUUAAUGCUAGAAGACGAAUAGUCCAGCCGAUGAUUGACCAGUCUAAUCGAGCAGGUUUUCUUCUUGAUCCUUCAGUGAGCCAAGGAGCAGCAUAUAGUCCAGAGGGGCAGCCUAUGGGAAGUUUUGUGUUGGACGGGCAGCAACAUAUGGGGAUCCGACCUGCAGGACCUAUGAGUGGGAUGGGAAUGAAUAUGGGCAUGGAUGGACAGUGGCACUAUAUGUAACCAAGAAAUUGCAGAGCAAUCACAAACAAGGGGAAGUCUGCAGUACAUGCCAGGGGACUGUCUUUCUCAGGGUGGUCCUAUGAGUAUCAGUUUGGUACAACCAGCUCACACUUUUCCCCAGUUGGCAUCACACCCUUCCUCAAGACAUGGACCACCGGUGUCCUACAUCUACCAUCAGCCAUCAUGACACAAGGAGAAUUGCUGUCUUAGGGAUGGCCAUGUCUGCACAACCACCACCACCACCCCCCCAUAACCCCAAACAACUCCAACUCUUGGAGUCUCAUCCUGUCCAGGAAGCCCAUCACUUAUAAGGAACCUCAAGGGAAAAGAUAAUAUUUUAAGACUUUUGAACUUUGGUCAGUUUUAAAAUUCCAGACAGCUGUGAUUUUUUUAACUUUUGUCAAUUUUUUUUUUCACCGACAACAAAGGACCAAUGAAACAAGACAUAAAUGUGAAGUCAUGGGUUCACUUUAAUGCCCAUUAAAAAAAAAGUCCCCUCUGGAAGCAGAAAGACUCAGAGAUAUAACUACUGUAGGAUAAAUCAUAGGAACUAAGUUAACUUGUACAUUUCUGUUGAUUUAAAUAGUUUUAGACGAGACAAAAAGAGAUAUCCUUGUUUUUUCCACACUAUGUGUGUUGUUCCCAAAUGAAUGACUUGGCUCAGCCAGAACCCCCUCCCCCUGUCCAUGGAAAGCUACAGAUUAUUUUUACCUGUGACCAGCGAAGAACAAGGCCAAGACCUGGACUAGAACCACGGUGGUGACAAAUGUCUGUGCUCCUGUCCCUCAGCACUACAGGACUAUAUGGAUUGGGGCAGAGACACAGACAUGACAUGGACAAAUGGACACCAACCUAGAUGUGGACAUAUGGAGAAAGGUUGGGGGGGGUCUUCCUACAAUCUGGUCUUUGCACCAAAUGACAGACUGAACUUAAUUGUAAACUCAAAGAUUGAAGCGUGAGUGGGCGUACAGCAGUGAGUGAGCGAGUGAGUGUGAGAAUGAGUGAGACGAUGAGCCCGAGUGACUGAGAGGAAGGAAGACAAUACUGUAACAAAAUUUGUUCAAAGUUCGUUCUAUUAAUGUUUCAUGUUAUAUAUUCUAUGUGUUACCUCAAUUGAAAAAAAAAGAAUGUUCUCCUAGUAAAACCUGCUGUGGGAUUGGUAUUGUAUGUCCAUGGAUAAUUUCUUUCUCAGCACGUGUUCCUCAUUAGAGAAAAAUGCUGUUACCUUUAAGCUUUGUCAAAUUUACAUUAAAAUACUUGUAUGAGGACUGUGAGUUUAU